AUGACCAAUCAACCCAGUUUCGAAGAUGUCCUAGGAUGUCAGACAGCUUUGUUUGAAUGGGCGGAGAGCUAUGAUACUAAGGAUUGGGAUCGCCUCUCAAAAUGCGUUGCUCCUACUGUUCGUAUUGAUUACCGCGCUUUCCUGAACAAGCUCUGGGAAGCUAUGCCUGUCGACGACUUUGUCACAAUGGCCUCAGACCCUCACGUCCUCGGUAACCCUAAGGUCAAGACACAACACUUCAUUGGUGCUCAGAAAUGGACCAAGGUCAGCGAUGAUGAAAUGAUUGCCAAACAUCAGAUGCGCGUCGCCCAUCAGAAGUACAAGGAUGAGAAGUUCACAGAGGUCGCUCUUAAGGGCCACGGUUAUGGUGCGUGCACUACCACCUUCCGCAAGAUUGAUGGUGUUUGGAAAUGGGCUGGUCUUUCACCGGAAAUCCGCUGGCACGAGUAUGAUCUUGAUAAAAUUUUCCAUGAGGGUGAGGAGAAGUUUGGUGAGAAAGAAUAG